AUGUCCAUACUUUCGCUCACUUUCAACUGCUGGAGUUGUUGUGGUAGUACACGUAGUAGAGCUCGCACCGCAUAUUCUGCUUCUACCUUCACCACUCUCAUUCACAGAAGUAGAUAUAGGACGUGUUGUUUUGCCAAGAAAUCUUUGAAGAAAUCCAAAAGAGAAGUACCACCGGAGUCAUAUGGCGGUGACCUUUUCGAUGAGAAAUUUGUUCAAAAUGACAAUUUGGACACUUCUCUUAUACCACCUGCUCAGAAUGCUAACCCUAUUGCUUCCAGAAAUGCUGUGCUUCAGGCUUGCGUAUUAACUUGUGGUUUUAUAGCUACGUUUGGGACAGUCAUUCGCCAGGUGUCUCAUGUUGUGCGAAUAGAAGGAUUGCCGGUCUUGGAUUGCUCUACGGAAGUAUCAUUUGGUUUUGAAAUGUGGCAUCUUGAGUUAAUUACAGGACUUUUAGUAUUAAUAUCAUCGAGCCGCUAUUUGUUAUUGAAGACCUGGCCAGAUUUUGCCGAGUCCAGUGAAGCAGCCAAUAGACAGGUCCUUAGCUCACUCCAACCUUUGGAUUAUAUUGUCGUUGCAGUUUUGCCUGGAAUUAGCGAGGAACUACUUUUUCGCGGUGCAGUUCUCCCACUUUUGGGAAUGAACUGGCAGAGUAUUGGCGUAGCAGCUUUAAUCUUUGGUGUUUUGCACAUAGGUGCCGGUCGAAAGUAUUCCUUUGCCAUCUGGGCAACCUUUGUUGGUCUUGCUUAUGGAUAUGCUACAGUUUUAUCUUCUAGCCUUGUAGUUCCCAUGGCUUCUCAUGCAGUGAACAACCUGAUAGGAGGACUUUUAUGGAAGUACACAUCAAAGGUUGCCCUGAUGGAAGAAAAAGAAGAUACCAAUCCUUUAUAA